GUUGAGCAGUCUGAUCCCCACUCACUGCCACAGCAGCAGCCAACUCGUGCUGCCCUUGCUCAGAUGCCGUUCCCUGUGCCGGGCAAGCCAAGCCAUCGGGAUCUCUCCAGCAUCUGCAUCCUCCUGAGCACCCUGAACCUCCUGGCCCCUGGUUGGUCUAUGGGGGGUCUGUGCUGCUGAGACCUGCACAGCUCCUGCAAACCCUGGAGUAGCAGAGGUGGCACGGUGCCCAGCCUGGACAGUGGGUGCCCAGGGUCGAAGAGGAGCCAGGGAAAGUUUGUGCCGUGGGAGAUUCAAGCUCUCAGGGGAAGACGCGCCCUGGACCUCCCCACCCUGCACCCCCAAAGAUGCGAUGGGGAGUCCUGGUCCUGCUGUACCUGCUGCGAGAGGCUGCGGGAGAGGCCAGCAUGCACCAGGGAGCAGGAUACGCACCUGGGGGCUCCUUGAAGGGAGGAAAGCCUCCGGGCUGGAGGCGGAAGACACGGGAAAGUUUGCUGGAGACCAACAGGACCCGAAUCAGCCAAGACCUGGUAGGGGGCAGCCUGGCCAUUGACACCCUGCCAGACAACGAGACGCAGAUUGUGGAAGAUAAUCACAGCUACUAUGUGUCACGAAUUCAUGGGCCGGGCGAGGCACGUAUCAAGGAAUUCUGGGUGAACAUGGCAGAAGCCAACCGAAGCCAAGUGAAAAUCCAUGGCAUCCUCUCCAACACACACAGGCAGGCCUCGAGAGUCAUCCUGUCCUUUGACUUCCCCUUCUAUGGCCACCACCUGCGGCAGAUCACCAUAGCAACAGGAGGUUUCAUCUUCAUGGGGGAUGUUAUCCAUCGGAUGCUCACAGCCACACAGUACAUUGCACCUCUGAUGGCCAACUUUAACCCCAGCUACUCCCGCAACUCCACCGUCAUGUACUUUGACAAUGGGAAGGUGUUUGUCGUUCAGUGGGAUAAGGUAUAUCUUCAGGGAAAGGAAGACAUUGGCAGUUUCACCUUCCAGGCUGCUCUUCACAGUGAUGGGAGAAUUGUCUUCAGUUACAAGGAGAUCCCUGUGUCUGUCCUGGCAAUCAGCGCCACACAGCACCCUGUCAAAGCUGGGCUCUCUGAUGCCUUCAUGAUCCUGAAUCCCUCCCCUGAUGUACCUGAGUCUCGCCGCAGGACAAUCUAUGAAUACCACCGCGUGGAACUGGACACUGGCAAGAUCACCAGCAUGUCAGCUGUGGAGUUCUCCCCACUGCCUACCUGUCUCCAGCACCAGAGCUGUGAAAUGUGUGUGACCUCAGAGAUGACUUUCAACUGCAGCUGGUGUCAUGUCCUGCAGAGAUGUUCCAGUGGGUUUGAUCGAUAUCGUGAGGAGUGGUUGUCUUAUGGCUGUGGCCAGGAGUCAAAUGAGAAGACCUGUGAGGAUUUAGCAGAUGGCAGCUACUAUUCACCAGCUCCGGACAGCUCCUUCACAACAUCUGAGGAGGACAUCAGCACCUCCACCUCCUCCAUGUUCAUUGACAGCCUCACCACGGAAGAUGACACAAAGCUGAAUCAGUAUGCAGGAGUGGAUAGUGUGAGAAGUGACCUUCCUUCAAAGAAAACAGGAGUCCCAAUUCAUGCUGGGACUAUUGUGGGGAUAGUUCUGGCUGUCCUGCUUAUUGCAGCCAUUAUCCUCGCUGGAAUUUACAUCAACAGCCACCCCACCUCCAAUGCCGCCUUGUUUUUCAUUGAGCGGAGACCACACCACUGGCCUGCUAUGAAGUUCCGAAACCACACUAACCACACGACAUACUCUGAGGUGGAACCAACCAGCCAGGAGAAGGAAGGCUUUGUUGAAGCAGAACAAUGCUGAGCACACCCUUCCCUUACCCUGCCCCAUGCCCCAGCCUUCUUGUGUCUCAAGUGUUGGAGUUUCCUAUUAUUCAACUGCAAAUUUUCUCUUUUCUUGAAAAAGGAACAGCAACCAGAAGAAAAAGGCCCAGCAGAGCUUUGAAAAGAAUGUCAGGGCAAUGCAAGGAUACAAUUCUUCCCAAUUCCUCCUGGGACAGUGGAGCUUGAAACACAGGCAGUGAAUUGUAACAACAAUUUGGCACCAAAGCCUGAGACAUGGCACUAAGGAAAGCUGGAGUCAAGUUUUCGUCCUGUUUAAUUUUGUUUUGUUUUGCUUUGGGCCUUUAUUUCUGCUACCACCCCAAGCCCUUAAGAGGAGCAAUUCCCAUUCCUAGACCCACAUCCUCUGAUCGGUGUGACAUGGCUCCAAACCCAAACCCUCUGUUUUCAAGAUAACAAUUCUUAUCCUAUCUCCAGCAAGACACACAAAUCUGACUUAUUCUAAGGCUUAUGUACUGUAGGAGAACCUUCUACAGGUGCAAUUAUGAACAAAUAGCUUUAACUUGCCUUUUCUAUACAAUUUUGCUGAUGCCUGCAAAGGGAGAGCGUGAGAGUGAGAGACCUCAGAUACUUCUCCUUCAAAGUCAGUCUUCUGUUGUUAGCACGGCCACCAUCCAGGAACUGAUUAAAUUAUAAUGGGAAAAGCUGGGGAAAGAGCGUAAAGGAAAACAUUAUUCUUCUAGGGCUAAACCCUGAGGUAACUUCAUGCAAAUUUUAAUGGGAAUUUCACAAGAGUGAGGAGGAAGGAAAGCCUGAGGUCAGUUACAUCAUCCUAAAACAGGGGUAUCUCCAUAGGCAUCAAUAAAAUCCACCUGAUCCAAAGCUGUGAUCAGUGCUGUCUUUCUACUGACUUUGUUUAAGUUUGGAUCAGGCUCCUAUUCUGGAUUUUUGUUGGUAUCGCUACAGGCCUCAAGCAAAGCAAGGACUUCAGCAUUAGACCCCCUAGAUGCUUACUCUUUUCUUUUCUUUUUUUUUUUGCCAAUCAGAACCAAAGAUUAGUCUUCAGAAAAUAAAGACUCCAAUCUGUUCCCAUCAAAGCCAAGUGCUAAACUCUCACUGACUCCAGCUACAGCAGCUUUGGGAUCUGAAGUGAGGAAAGAAAGACACUUAGCAGCAAUUCCAAGUCUGGUGUGAGGUGCAGUUUACAUUCCUGGAAGAAAAAGGGCAAGUUGGUUGUUUGUUGUUUUUUCAUGAUCCUCAGCUAUUUAUUCUGAUGUCAUGUUUGGUGCAUAUUUUAUCCACUGGCUGGUUCAGCUGUCACUGGUGGUGAUUACUGCCAAAGGCAGGAUCUGUCUAAUUAAUGUUUUCCCUCUCUUUGUCUGAAUUUAUAUAGCCAUUAAGGAUAAACAUGGAUGCUUCAUGGCAUUUAGAACCUGGCUUAUACUUCUUCACAUAUAGCCACUAGGGAG